UUUUCAAUUGCUGUGUUAUAAUGAUAUCUUGCAAGCAGGAUGAAACGUCUUGAAACGUUCAAAGGCCGGAUACAUUUAUUCGUCGCAUCUGUAGUUAAACCAUCACAGCGACGAUUGGUAAUUUACUUCUAGAAGACGUACUCUUGUCAAAGGAAAUUAAUCUGAGAUGCGAUUGUUACAAAUCACUGGAUUCUUGCUCAUUUGUCUAGCGUUCAUUGUUGAACAGAUGAGCGCAGUUGAUGAGAUUUUAAAUGAUCGAGGGUUAAGAGAAAACACAUGUCGAAAUUUAGCCAAACAAUUAACCACACGAGAAUCAAACCAAAAAGACAUCAAUUUUUUCAAACGGUGCAUCGUAGACUAUUUCAGCUUCAGAGUGGGUCCCCGGAUGAUAUACACCAUACCAACAAUCAAUCUUCGCCAGUUUUUCAACCCCAAAGGACCUGCAUACAUAAAAACAAUUGCGAAAAGAAUAGAACGUUUCUUUAUACGAAAUGGAAAUUGGGACAAGAUACUGAAGAAUAAAGAUAUUUACGACCGAGAAGAGAAUUGUUUAAAUUUGUUAUAUAUCACUGCUGCAAAGUAUGCGUAUGCCUUGUACGUUCUUAACACUUUAACAAACAGAUUAGGAUGUCUGCCGUGUAUAAAAAGGAAUAACAUUUACUCACUGCGGAGUUUCAGCGGAGUUUGUUUUAUAAAACCAAAGGAUUUGACUUGUGGUGGUAUUUUAGAGCUCAGUUUGCUUGGACAUAAAUCGGGAUCGCUCACAACGCUAUUCAAUCAGUUUUUUACAGAGCCCAUCGGUCAGGAUAGAACUGUACCCGGGUUUAAGAAGGAGCCCGCUAUACUGAUGGGUCUGCGGAUUUCUGCCUUCAGCCUGGAGAAGGUGUUACCCAAGCUGUUCAGAGGUCCCAGUUAUUUUUAUAACUUGAUGCUCACAAACGCUGUGAAAAAAAUGAAAGAAAAUAUACAAAUGAAAAUGCUGUCGGUGGCAGUUGCAAUAUUUAGGAUGAAACCUUACAGUGGAAAAUUCUUCAAUGAAUUGCUCAGUGAUCAGAGUCCAUUACGUGCACAGAUCUAUCUUGCGAAAGCUUUUCAAUACUGGAGCGUGGAGCUGGCAUUAUUUGCUUCCAAGAUUAAAAGUUUUAUGAAAUCACCACAUUAUAGCUACGAGUUGAACUACCGUCGUCGCCACAAUAUCGCGUAUGAAUUGAUCACAGGAAGACUAGAGAAUAGGGGUCUUCCGCCGGACUGGAUAAGUAAUUUGGCUGAGCAUGCGAUUUGUCUGAUUUACAACGUUCCUGCAUAUCUUACACCAGGAGCUGUACAUCACUCUGUCAUUAUGGAAAUGUAUAGUUCAGACAGGAGAAUUGUAAAUACGUACGCACCAGAUGUGGAAGGCUAUUGGCAAUCUAUGCUGGAGAACUGGGCAAUCGCCAAUCGGGUGUAUUGGAAGGAAUGCGUUGAGAACAAGUUAUUGAUAAGACCGUGUCUGCUGAGAAUGAGUAAAUCACUCCAUCUUAUGCUUGAUGCAAUGACAAAGUCAAGAUUGAAGCUGAAAAAGAUUAAAAGAGCAAUUGGCGGUGAAAUUAUGGUUGAUUUUAAAGACGUCGCGGAAAUCACGAAAUCCUGGGUAAAAAACUACCGUGAUAAAGGCCAUUUCAGGCUCCCAACCGUCAAGUCAUCCUGUGGACGAGUUAAACCACACCUGGUCCGCAAACGACCCUUCUUUAUGACGUCACAAUCCCACGAUGAUUUCCCAGAGUUGCGAGAUUCGGAGAAGAAACUGCCCAGGGAACUGGUCAACAUCACUAGGCGAAAACAGCUGGAUGAACAUAUUAGGGGCUCGGCUGAAUUAGAAACUGGAAACCUGGAACGUUUGAGAGAAGACGAGCCCCUGGACGAAAAUAUCGAGGGCUCGAUCAACGGUAAUGUGAAUAGAGUUAAGAAACCGCUGGAUAACGCAGGCAUUACAGGAAUGGAAAAGAAUGGACUGCUGAACGAGAACACUGAAGGCUCGCAUCAAACUAAACCGCUGGACGAAGUUCUUAAUGACUUCGACGACUCGGAUGCAAUGAAAUUACUCACCGUUGAUGCGGCAAACGGACUUAGGAAUGAUAUUGACGAAUCGCGGGAGAUAAAACCACUGGACAGAAUUAGUAAGCCAGGGGGCUCGCAAGAAGGAAAAAAUUACGACGAUGAGCAGAAUUUGUCGGGUGUUUACGAGACCAGUCCACUGACACCGGAUAUUCUGGAUUUGGAUGAAGACGAAAAAUCGCUAACACGCACUACCCAAUCGGAGGUAAGGCCAGUAUAUGUCACACUUGAAGCACCGGCUGAACCCCCUGUCAGUAGAAUGUUAUCAGAUGACGAUAUGGAGAGGCCACUGGACGAAAAAGAAAAAACUGCGGACGCAUCUAUUGCAGAAUCAGAUUCAGAGAAAACUACGGACUCCACAAUGGAAACACUACCAGAAAAUGCUGAUUCAGAGAAAACUACGGACUCGACAAUGGGAACACUACCAGAAAAUGCUGAUUCAGAGAAAACUACGGACUCAACAAUGGGAACACUGCAAGAAAAUGCUGACAUGUCAAUGACCAAACCACAUGACAUUAACAAUGAAGAAAUGUCAGCGGACGACGAUAUCCAAGAAACUAAAGACUCAGCGAUGACAGAACACGUUGACAAAGAUACUAAGAAGACUGUCCGUUUACAAACAAUGAAACCGCUGGAUAAAGAUAUUAAACAUACUGUCGGCUCAACAAUGGCAGAGCAGCUUGACAGAGAUACUACAGAGACUGGCGGUAUACAAACAACAGAUAAAGAUUUCGAAGAGACUGUCGGCUCACAAAUAACAAAACCGCUUGACAAAGAGACUAAAGAGACUGUCGGCUCACCAACAACAAAACCGCUUGACAAAGAUACCAAAGAGACGGUCGGCUCACCAACAACAAAACCGCUUGACAAAGAGACCAAAGUGACUAUCGGCUCACCAACAACAAAACCACUUGACAAAGAAACCAAAGAGACUGUCGGCUCACCAACAACAAAACCGCUUGACAAAGAGACCAAAGAGACUGUCGGCUCACCAACAACAAAACCGCUUGACAAAGAGACCAAAGAGACUAUCGGCUCACCAGCAACAAAACCGCUUGACAAAGAGACCAAAGAGACUGUCGGCUCACCAACAACAAAACCGCUUGACAAAGAGACCAAAGAGACUGUCGACGCACCAGCAACAAAACCGCUUGACAAAGAAACUAAAGGCUCACCAACAAAACCUCUUGACAAACAAACUGACGGCUCACCAACAACAAAACCACUGGAUAGCAAAGUAACAUUUGGAUCGACAAUUUCAAAGUCGUUAAAAGGUAACGUCAAAAAGACGACAGACACAGAAAUUGAAGAUGAACUGCAAGAGGAUGAUUUCCCAGAACACCCAGCGACGGAGGUUCCCUUCAUUCUGGAGAAAACCGAGCAGAAAAAAUUAGGGACACUCAAGAAACAACCAAAAUUUGUAAGUUUCUUUCGGAGAAGAAGGUUUGGUUCCAGGGCUUUCAGUAGGCGGCGUUACCGCAUAUACGUUAGUCGAAGAAGAAGGAGUGGUAGUUUCACUCGAAGAAGAAGAAGUAGUUUUACUCGAAGAAAGGGAGUUCGUGUCAAAGGAAAAAAGACAUCUUCAAGUUGUAAGCGUCUGCCUGAUGAAACAAAGAACAUUCGCAAAUUUUUAAUGAAAUUCAAUUGCCACGUCGGGGUAGAAAUUUCAAAGAUGGCGCUCACGGAAGGAUGCAUGAAUAAAAUACAGUCUCAUGUGAGAAGUUAUAACCGGUAUGCUUUCUCGUAUAUAGCGAAGAAGCACCGGCAUUCUCGACCCACCUCCAGCGACGCAGAAGCAGAUGACGUACUUCUUAAAACAGAACUGUAGUUUUAACAGAGAAAUAUUGACAGACAAAUAUCAGAUAGCGGACAAAAUAGAACAUAUUAAUUCCACAUCUAUGAGCUCCACAGGCGCUGCCGUUGGUUUGACGACUAACUGUUAAUACGAGCGAGAGUUCUACUCCUAGACAAAAUGUCGUAAUUAUAAAAAAGUAUUUAUUGUGUAAAUAUUUAGAUAGACAACCCUAAUUGUUUAUCAAAAUACGAAACUAGUUGUUUAU